GCCCCCGCUCCGUUUCCGGCCUCACCGCGUGAGGGGCCGGCCGGUCUCCCCAGAAAUGAAGAGCUUCUUCGCCUGUUUGACGUGACGGCCCGAUGAAGACAGCGCCUGCGCCUGGCUGCACCCCAAACUUCAGAGUCAGGACGCUGUGUUGCCGCAGCUGAAGGUAUCUGCACGGUUUGCAUCCCACUUCCCUGGUUCAGACGUCCCCCAUGUCGACACUGACCGGUUUGCACGACAUCGGGCCGGAUGACGAGAUGCAGCAUGACUCAGCACAGACAAAACGGCCGUCCCACAGCCACGCCAAGAAGGUGGCGUUGAUCAGCUCAUCCAUCGCCGCUUUGGCGUCGGGCACCCCGUACCUCUACGGCGUCUACUCGCCGCAAUUGAUCAACAGAUGCGGCUUUUCGGCCCUAGACUCGUCUUAUCUCUCCUUUUCGGGGAACAUCGGGUCGUCCAUCGGAGGCUUCUUUGCCGGCUUGAUCAUCGACAAGUUUGGCAUCUCGGCCGGCAUCUUGCUCGGGGCGUUGCUUGAGUUCACCGGGUUUUUUGUCUUCUACUUCAACUACAAGCACGCGUUGCACAACUUCGUGCACUUGGUGUUCGCCAUGGUCUGCAUCGGGUUCGGCUCUGUCUUGGCCUACUUUGCCACGAUCAAGGUGGCCACCGUCAACUUCCCCCGCCACCGAGGCUUUGCCAACGCCUGUCCGGUCAGCUCGUACGGCUUAGCCGCCUUGUUCUACGCCUUCGUGUCCACUGUCUGGUUUGCCGACGACGUCGAGGGCCUACUCAAGUUCAUUGCCUUCUUCUCAGGAAUCGUCAUUGCAGCGUCGAGCAUAUUCAUAGGAAUCUACGAAACAGAAGAGGACGACAGUGACAACGCCAUCGUCAAUGACGCCGUCAAUGAGAACGAUGGUGAGUACAGCGAUUCUUCCGACGAGAACGAGCUCGAAGUCGGGCUCCAGUACUUAUUGAAAGGGCACCGUGGUUCUUUUGCGCAGGUAGGGAACCUGCUUAAAAACGAGUCUUCCAGCUCCUUGUUUUCGGACGCCUCGGACGCCUCCUCCAUCGCCUCUUCGACGGCCCCCUCCUCGAGAAACUCCUCGGUGGCUCUUUCACGAAAUCCAUCUUUCUCUUCUCAAAAUCCAAUCUCUAUCAACCCGUCAGGGGUUUUGAGGUCCAACAGCAACAAUGCGCUGCCUAAUCUUUCUGGAUCUCCUAUAGACUUCAAGGCAAAACAGACGAUGUUUCGAAGUGGCUCCUUCAGAAUCGCUUCCUCCAUCAGCAAUUCUCCCAGGAAUGGACGUUUUUUUGGAAGCAUGACCCAAAAGCAACCCAUCUUCAACCCGAAGGCAACACCGACCGAAGAGUCUCCGUUGAUCGGCAGCAGCUUUUCAGAGCCUCCACAGACUGCUAACAAUUCUCUCAUAAAUUCACUGUCUUCAUCACCAGCCGGCCUUUUCACCAACUCGCCAAAAUCCUCAAAUGAUUUGAAGGCGACAAAGGCGCAAUCUUACAGCAACAUACCGUUUUCACCAAAUGUGACUUCUUCCGAAUCGGCCAAUACGAACGGUGGUGGAGAUAUCGAUGUCAACGGCAAGAUCAAUAGCAAAAGCGAUGGGGCAGUCAAUAUGGCAACCCUUUUGAGUAAACAGAAGCCAAAGAGUCGAGGAAGUCGGAAGAAGAGGAAGGAGCUGUCGCCCAAGGAACAUGUAAUGAGCCUAUUCAAAAACAGGCUGUUCCUAUCACACUACGCCCUAAAUGCAUGCUAUUGCUCAAUUGGCCAGGUGUACAUUUUCAGCAUAGGGUUCAUUGUCCGUGCCCAGGUCAAUUACUACAGGGCUCAUAAUCCGUCGGCAGUCAUUCUCAAACUAGCCUUGUACCUGUCUAACGGUUCACACUCAGGAAACUUGGCCGUAACGUACCAGGCACUACAGGUGAGCAUAAUCUCGUUUUCCAACUUUUUAGGGAGGUUGCUCUCGGGUCCUGCGUCGGAUCUACUUCAUAAACGGCUCAAACUAAGCAAGAUCUACGUGGUCAUUUUCUCCUUGCUUUUCCUCACGCUGGGCCAGGUGUCGCUUCUAAUAUCCAACAAACUCGACUACCUAUCCCUCACUUCGUUUUUGAUAGGACUAUCAUAUGGGUCGAUAUAUGGUACAAUGCCAUCAAUUCUUGCGGAUUCGUUUGGGUCCAAAAACUUUGCAACGACAUGGGCAUUAAUGGGAACAGGUCCCAUUAGUUUAUUUUUGGUUCUAAGUGACUAUUUUGGGACAGUUUACGACGAAAACAGCGAGUGGUCGUAUCUAGGAGACGUCAAACUGAAAAUGUGCUUGAAGGGCAAGGACUGUUACUGGGACGUUUUUGCCUUAAACACAGUCGCAUGCUUACUAUUGUUUGUUGGCUACUUCUGGUUACUGUUCUACGCGGGCAGGAGGAAAAGUUAAUUCAAAUAUCUGUAUCUGUAUCUGUAUCUGUAUAAUAAAGCAUAUAUAGACACAAUGUAAGAAAAUUAUGACUGGAAAAAAGAGAAAUGAUCAGC